CACGACCAGGGGCAAUUAAAUGCCCUAGACAUAAUCUUAUUCCCCAUCUACAUGGCUUUGUCUUUCUCUCUUCUCCCCUCUUCUUUACCAAUUCUCCUUCUUCCUUAAAAAUUUCCACCUCUUCUCUUUGGAUCUCCUCUUCAAAACUUAAAUUUAUCCUUCUACUCUCCCAAAGCAAGAUCCCUUCCUUCUCCUUCUCAAUUAUCCCCAAGAAGAAAUUCUUCUCCUUUCCCCUCUUUCAUUUCUCAAAUCAAUCUUCAAGAACUCUUCUUGAUCUAGAUCCAACUUGGAUCCAAGAUCCCUCUUCUUCCUCGAGAUUUCUUUCUUCUUUUGUCCUCAAUUUCUCUUCUUAACUGAUUUCUCAACUCCUACUUGAGAUGUUGCAAUAUGCUGAAGAGAUUGCAAAAAUUGGACGGAUCUAGAGGAGGCGACGACUUUGACAAAGGGAAGGGGAAGACUCCCGACAAAGGGAAGGGGAAGGCUACCGACAAGGGCAAACAUCAAGCAUGCGACGAGGCCAGAUUUCUGAUAGCGAGAACAUUCUAUAAGAGUGGUGGACAGCGCCAAAGUUUACAGUUGGGAAAUAAAAGAGAAAACAAUUAACCUUAGAUGACGGAAACCUUUUAUGUUUAAUUGGGAAAUAAUAACCCUAGCCAAAAAGAGAUGGCAAGGGGAGGAGGGAGGCAGGAUAAGCUUCGAUGGAGCAAGCUCUACACUUUUUCUUGUAUCCGUCCCCAAGUAUUGUUAGACGAUGAGCAAUCUCAUUCCCUUCAAGGUCCUGGAUACUCCCGAGUUGUUCAUUGUAACCAGCCCAAGUUACACCGAAAGAAACCUCUGAGGUACCCUACUAACCAUAUCAGCACUACCAAGUACAACAUCAUCAGUUUCCUCCCAAAAGCCAUCUUUGAGCAAUUCCGUCGUGUUGCCAAUCUCUACUUUCUCCUUGCUGCUAUCCUCUCUCUCACCCCUGUGACACCCUUCUCUGCUGUGAGUAUGAUUGCUCCAUUAGCAUUUGUUGUUGGGCUCAGUAUGGCUAAGGAGGCAUUAGAAGAUUGGCGAAGGUUUAUGCAGGAUGUGAAGAUCAAUAGCCGUAAGGUCAACAUCCAUAGGGGAGAGGGGCAUUUUGGUUACAGACAUUGGCAGAAGCUUUGUGUUGGAGAUAUUGUGAAGGUAGAGAAGGAUCAGUUCUUCCCUGCUGACUUGCUCCUGUUGUCUUCGAGCUAUGAAGAUGGAAUAUGCUAUGUGGAGACUAUGAAUUUGGAUGGGGAAACAAACUUGAAGGUUAAAAGAUCAUUAGAAGCAACUCUGCCUCUAGAUGAUGAUUUGGUUUUCAAGAACUUUUCAGCCAAGAUUCGGUGUGAGGACCCAAAUCCUAAUCUCUACACCUUUGUAGGUAACUUCGAGUACAAGCAGCAGGUCUAUGCACUUGACCCUAGUCAGAUCCUUCUCAGAGAUUCAAAGCUUAGGAAUACAACUUAUGUCUAUGGGGUGGUUAUCUUUACUGGUCAUGAUAGCAAAGUUAUGCAGAAUGCAACACGUUCGCCAUCAAAGAGAAGUAAAAUUGAAAAGAAAAUGGAUAAAAUUAUCUAUAUUCUCUUUACCUUUCUUCUAUUGAUUUCAUUGUUCAGUUCAGUUGGCUAUGCUGCCAAGACAAAAAUUGGGAUGCCACACUGGUGGUAUUUGCAACCCAAUAAGACUUCGUAUAUCUACAAUGCUUCAAAGCCUGCUUUAUCUGGUUUCUACCAUCUCGUCACUGCUCUUAUUCUUUAUGGAUACUUGAUACCUAUCUCCCUUUAUGUUUCAAUAGAGGUUGUGAAGGUCUUGCAGGCAAAAUUCAUUAACCAUGAUGUUCACAUGUGUGAUGAGGAGACAGGGAAACCAGCACAAGCACGGACAUCAAAUUUGAAUGAAGAGCUAGGGCAAGUUGACACUAUUUUAUCAGAUAAAACUGGCACCUUAACUUGCAAUCAGAUGGAAUUUUUGAAGUGUUCCAUUGCUGGAGUGUCAUAUGGUGUUGGUUCUAGUGAAGUGGAAAUUGCUGCUGCAAAGCACUUUGCAUCAGAGGCAUCAGUUACGUCUGAGCAGCACAUGAAUGCCCAAGAUUUUUGGGAGGAUACUUGGGGUGGUUUUGGUUCUUCAGAAAUUGAAUUGGAGGAUGGGAGGAGCUGCUGGGUUAAGAAGCAAAGAAGGCCUGCAAUCAAAGGUUUUAGCUUUGAGGAUGAUCGUUUAAUGCAUGGAAAUUGGGUAAAGGAGCCUAAUGUGAGUACUGUUCACAUAUUUUUCCGUAUACUUGCUAUCUGUCACACAGCAAUACCCGAGUCAAAUGAAAAAACUGGUGGUUUUACAUAUGAAGCCGAAUCACCAGAUGAAGCAGCUUUCCUUGUUGCAGCCAGAGAAUUUGGAUUGGAAUUCUGUAAGAGGACUCAAUCAAGUGUCUUCGUAAGGGAGAAAUAUUCUUCUUUUGAGGAUCCCAUAGAAAGGGAAUUCAAAAUUUUGAAUCUGAUGGAGUUUAAUAGCAAAAGGAAAAGAAUGUCAAUUAUUGUACGGGAUGAAACUGGGCAGAUUAUUCUCUUAUGCAAAGGUGCUGACAGUGUUAUUUUGGAUAGACUGUCAAAGAAUGGAAGAAUGUUUGAAACAGAUACAAUAAAACAUCUAAAUGAAUAUGGGGAAGCAGGCCUACGGACAUUGGCAUUGGCCUUCCGGUUUCUUGAGGAAUCUGAAUAUUCUGCAUGGAACGCUGAGUUUCUCAGAGCAAAAACUUCCAUGGGUAAUGAUAGGGAAGCUGAACUGGAGAGGGUUUCAGACAUUAUUGAGCAGGAUUUGAUUCUUGUUGGUGCAACUGCUGUAGAAGACAAAUUACAGAAAGGAGUUCCUCAAUGCAUAGACAAAUUAGCACAAGCUGGUCUCAAGAUAUGGGUUCUUACAGGUGAUAAGAUGGAGACUGCAAUCAACAUAGGAUUUGCUUGUAGUUUACUUAGACAAGGCAUGAAACAGAUCUGUUUAUCCCUUGUAAGCCAUGGCAUGCCCUCACGAGAUUCAACAAUAACUGCUCAGGCUGCAAAGGACAAUAUUUUGAUGCAAAUAACUGAUGCUGCCCAACUGAUCGAGCUAGAGAAGGAUCCUAAUGCAGCAUUUGCUUUAAUUGUUGAUGGAAAAACUUUGACGUAUUGUCUAGAGGAUGACCUGAAGAACCCAUUUUUGAGUUUAGCAGUUGAUUGUGCUUCUGUUAUAUGCUGCCGAGUCUCACCAAAACAGAAGGCAAUGUUAACUCGGUUGGUUAAAGAAGGUACACGUCAAACUACUCUAGCAAUAGGAGAUGGUGCAAAUGAUGUGGGCAUGAUUCAAGAAGCUGAUAUUGGCAUUGGAAUUAGUGGUGUAGAGGGAAUGCAGGCUGUCAUGGCUAGUGAUUUUUCCAUUUCUCAGUUUCGUUUCCUUGAACGACUUCUUGUUGUCCAUGGUCAUUGGUGCUAUAAAAGGAUAGCUCAGAUGAUAUGUUUUUUCUUCUAUAAGAACAUAGCCUUUGGCCUUACAAUUUUCUAUUUCGAGGCAUAUACUGGCUUCUCUGGGCAAUCUGUAUACGAUGACUGGUACAUGAUACUAUUUAAUGUCAUUUUAACCUCAUUGCCAGUGAUAUCACUAGGAGUCUUUGAGCAGGAUGUUUCUUCAGAAAUAUGCUUACAGUUCCCAGCAUUAUACCAGCAAGGGCCAAGGAACCUUUUCUUUGACUGGUACAGGAUUUUUGGUUGGAUGGGAAAUGGCAUCUACUCAUCCAUUAUCAUAUAUUUCCUAAACAUACACAUAUUCUACAAUCAAGCAUUCUGCUCUGAUGGUCAUACAGCUGACAUGGUUGCUGUUGGAACAGCCAUGUUCACCUGCAUUAUCUGGGCUGUGAACUUGCAAAUUGCUCUAACAAUGAGUCACUUCACGUGGAUCCAACACCUCUUUGUUUGGGGCAGCGUUGCCACUUGGUACAUUUUUCUAGUGGCAUACGGCAUGUCGUCCUUGCAUUUAAUAUCCGGAAAUUCCUACCAGAUACUUCUGGAAGCCCUUGGUCCUGCUCCAAUGUAUUGGGCUGCAACACUUUUGGUCACCCUUGCCUGCAAUAUUCCUUACCUGGCACAUAUAUCCUUUCAAAGAGCCUUAAAUCCACUCGAUCAUCAUGUGAUCCAGGAGAUCAAGUACUACAAAAAGGAUGUGGAGGACCAGCAUAUGUGGAAGAGGGAGAGGUCGAGAGCAAGGCAGAAGACUAAAAUUGGUCUUACAGUACGGGUAGAUGCCAAGAUCAGGCAGCUAAGAGAGAAGCUGCAGAAGAAAAUGCCAUCUUUGGGCAACCAAACUCAAUCAUAAUCCUGUUUGUACUGAGUCUGAAUGUUUUUAUCUUUUAUGAGGAUAGUUUAUAGGUUAGCUUCUGUAUCAUAUCUAUACCAAUUUACGAAUUGGAGUCAGAGCUCUGUGGAAAUAGAGACAUGUAGAUAUAGCUAAAAUUUUGUUUCAUUUCUGGUUGCUAUCGAGAUGUCUUCUUUGUAAA